CUGAUAAGUGAUAGAUCUCGUGCGCUUCGUGACAUUUUUGUGAUAAGUGGAAAUCACCAAGCUCCUCUCCUCGUUGACGUGAUAAGUAACGAUCAGUUUAAAAAAAGCCCUCAUCAUACUCUCUCUUUUCUAGUGCAUUCCGAUUUCCGUGCAGUGCGGUUCUCGCCGGUGUUUUAUCAACGUGCAGUUAUAGAGGUGUUUCAUCCAAAAUCAUGGCUUCUGCAUCAUUCUCCCUGUCCUCAGCGUGUUUCAAAUUACUUUCUAAGCAGCCGGCUGUUGUAACUCUUCAAAGAAAUAAUGGAUGGUGGAGCGGUGUUGAGAUGGGACCCCCUGAUGCCAUUCUAGGAGUUACGGAGGCCUUCAAAAAGGAUACAAACCCUAAAAAAAUCAACCUGGGUGUUGGUGCUUAUCGAGAUGAUAAUGGAAAGCCAUAUGUUCUCCCAAGUGUUCGCACGGCUGAAGAAAAUAUCAUCCAAAAGAAGCAUGACAAAGAAUACUGUCCAAUUUCAGGUACUGCUGAUUUUUGUGAUCUCUCCAUAAAAUUAGCAUUAGGAGAUGACAGUCCUGUUGUUAAAGAAGGCCUUAAUGCAACGGUACAAGGAAUUUCUGGAACUGGGUCUUUGCGUAUCGGAGGAGCCUUCCUGGCAAAGUUUUUCCCUGGCGCUAAAGACAUCUACCUUCCAACUCCAUCAUGGGGGAACCACACGCCUAUUUUCAAACACUCUGGAUUAAAUGUUAAAAGCUACCGCUACUAUGAACCCAGCACUUGUGGUUUCGAUUUUAAGGGUGCACUAGAAGACAUUAACGCCAUUCCUGAAAAUUCCAUAAUUCUUCUGCAUGCUUGUGCUCACAAUCCUACAGGCGUUGAUCCAAAGCCUGAGCAGUGGAAAGAAUUGUCAGAAGUUGUUAAAAAGAGGAAACUGUUCCCCUUCUUUGACAUGGCUUACCAAGGCUUUGCUUCUGGUGAUGUGGUAGGUGAUGCUUUUGCCGUUAGGUAUUUUCUAAGUCAAGGACACCACAUAGCUCUAGCCCAGUCUUACGCUAAAAAUAUGGGUCUUUAUGGUGAGAGAGUUGGUGCUUUUACACUCACUGGAGGGUCGAAGGAAGAAGCAGCUAGAGUGUUGUCUCAGGUGAAAAUUUUGAUUCGACCAAUGUAUUCAAACCCACCCAUCAAUGGUGCUCGCCUCGUCACAGAAAUCCUUGGCAAUGCUGACCUGAAAGCCCAAUGGCUAAAGGAGGUGAAGGGAAUGGCAGAUCGUAUUAUCUCAGUCCGUCAGCAGCUGAAAUCAAAUCUAGAAAAGGAAGGUUCCACAAAGAAUUGGAAUCAUAUCACUGAUCAAAUAGGAAUGUUCUGUUUCACUGGUUUACAAGCCCCUCAGGUUGAAAGAUUGGUCAAAGAAUUUAGUGUCUACCUCACAAAAGAUGGUAGAAUAUCCAUGGCUGGAGUGACCUCGAAAAACGUUGAGUACCUUGCUCAUGCUGUUCACCAAGUCUCAAAAUAACAAAAAUAUAACUGAACCAAAAUUGCUCGAAACAAGCCAGAACCUACAUGAGUGCUAUCGAAAUAUUGCUCCAAGCCUCAGCUUCCUCAGUGUCUGCUUACAUCAUCGAGCUAAAUUCAUUUCCAAUUUCAAAUGCACAUUUAUAUUUUUAAAUUAUAUUUCACAGUUAUGGCCUUACAUUCUCAUGGAAGUAUCAAUUUACUAAGUUUUAAUCAUGAGGAUUUUUAGCUCAAGGGAAAAUAAAGAACAGUGAUCUCAUGGGAAGAAUUGCUGUAGUUAGGAUUCUGGAAUUUAUUCCUGUUUUAUACUUAAAGCCCUAAAUCUCAUUCAUCUUUCACCAAGAUCUAUGUGAGACUUAUUGUAAAUGUUGAACAGAUUGGUACUUAGAAUCAUUGAAUUGUUUAAAGAAUUUGUAAUUGCUCGUUUCCAUCAGAGUUUUAACUGAAACCACAUUAUUAUUUUUUCCUCUGCUAAACAUGUAAUGUGAAUAUUAGUGGUAAUGAUAGCAUCUCCAGAAAGUUGAAACUUCAACAAACUUCUUAAGACUACUUCAGACAUUAUUUAAAUAUUCAAUUUGCUUAGUGACUUUGUUCCAUUUUAACUCAAACUCAUCUCUAAGAAUUUGAUCAAAUGAAAACCAGGUACAUUUUGAUCGAGUGGAGCCUGUAUUCACCAUGAAAUUUCAAGUGGGCUCAGUUCCUUAUUUAAUGAUUUUUAUCCUUUCAUACCGCAUUUAUUUUACAGUUAGUUUUUUACUCAAGUUGUGAAAUGGGUUGUCAUGCCAGUGAUAUUCUCUAUAUUAAUCAUUGCAGUAUUUUUAUUCUUCUACCUACCUUCUAUGAAUAAUUUAAGGUCACUGCCAGUGCUUUUAUAUUUUAUGCUCCAAAAUUUCUGUGCCACCGCUCGCUCAAAAAAUGUUUCUAGCUUCCUCAGGUGUCAGAACAUUCCAAAAAAUCAUUGGGGAUCAGUAAUGAACCUGAAGUGUCUGAUAUUAUUUUUCCCAUCCUGGAAAAUUAUUUUGGACUUUUCCUGCUCCGUUCUUGUUACCCUUGAGCAAAUCUUUUCACCUAUCAGUCCUUUUGGACACUCAUGUUUUAAUUAAGUAAGUGAAUAAUAAAGGAGAUUUAAUUUAAGCUGAUGAAAUUCAUGUUUCCUAUUAAGUCCAGACUAUUUGAACAAGAUUAAUAUAAGAUCUAAUUUUAGAAAUUAGGUGCUCUUUUGAAAGCUGCUAUUAAUUUUUUUGUUUUUUCCAAUUUUUCUCUCUUUUCCGAAUAUUUCAAGGUAUCAUCCAUCUCGAGACUGGUUGAAUCUCUGUCUAUUAUCCUAUAGUCGAAUUGACAAGAGCAAAAUACUCAGCAUCUACUUUAAGAUAGUGCUUAGUGUUUAAAUAUGCAAAGUUAUUUCAAUUGACUAUAAGUCUUUUUCUAUUGUGUGCCCUGUUAAAAACAAUUAUUUUGUUCUAUCAUUGUUGGAUGUUCUUUUACUAUCUUUUUUCAUUUAUUUUUAUAUUCAGCUUUUUAUUUCUUGUUAUCUGUGCUUAAAAACAUCACAGGGAAAUUUUCGUUAAAGCUUGUCAAAAAGUAUUCUAUUCCGUUAGUCAUAGUUGUAUCAAAAAAUAAAUCAGCUUGUCUCAAAGACCCAA